GCGAGGCACCUUUGCGGUCCCCACUCAUCUUCCUGACGGCCUGUGAGCAGGUGCUACGAUUAUCUUCGUUUUAGUGCGAGGAAGCAAGAACAGAAAGGCUCAGACACCUGUCCCAAGCCACACAGCUACGCAACCCCGGGGGAUCCUUCUGCCUGUUUCCCCCCCCCUGCCUAGCGCUUGGCCUUUCUGACUGACGUUUCCGAAAUUGACCAAGUUUGUGGUUGCUGUCUGCCUUCCCUGCUCGAAUAGAGCUCCACAAGGUCGGGGACCUCUGACGAGUUUGUUCCCUGGUGGAUCUGCAGCGCGUAGUACAGGCACAUAGCGGGCCCUCCCCAUUUUCACUGGACGAAUAAAAGCGACAGAGCAGGCAGUGAGUUGAUUGCAGAGGCAGUGCUCAGCUCCUUGUCUGGUGUUAAUAGGGUCCUACUAAACAUCGCUCUUCAAACUCAGAUGAGGCCCUGGGCUUCCUCGCAUAAAGUAAAACACUGGAGUUUUCCUCAGCUUCACUCCAUCCCAGGGGUUGCCGAUUGCAUCUCCUCUGUGGUCCUUCUUUCCAGGAGCGGGGUGCGUCACUGGGACCACCGCUCGCCGACUGCGGGUCCCAGCUCACCUGCACCUGGGCUUCCGAGUCUACAGAAGAGCCAGUCUGAGGCCUCAGAAGAUCUCCACCCUUUGUCCAGGGCAGAACAGGAUGGCCACAGCCCAGGAUACCUUAUUGCCAAACCAGAUGAGGUCUUGAGACCGGGACAAGUAGAAGAGGCCAUGGGGGCAGAGGGAGAGCCGCCGGCCUGGAACCAUCCAGAAUUCUGGCAAGUUGAUGACCAGAUAGACGACCACAAGGAAAGCCGAGACCAACCUCAGUGGCAAGCUGCAUUAGCAGACAAGGAAGCAUGGAAGGAUCAAAGUGGCCACGAAUUCACAACCUUGAGGAAAAUCGUUUAUCCAAACACAGACUUCAUUUUUAUAAGACAAAGACUCCCUAAAUAUUGUUCCUGGGGAAGGUGUUCAAAACAUAAUUUAAACUUUCUUUGUCAAAAUAGAAGCUAUGUAAGAAAGAAAGAUGGUGAACGUCAGGCGCAUUGGAAAUUAUGCUUCCAUUCUAAUCUCAAUAAUGCUCAAACUGCAGAGAAAUUUUUUGAGCCUCAUCAACAUAGAAGAACCCUCCACCAGAAGCAAGCACUUAAUAAAACUCAAAGAUUUCAAACUAGGGAGAAACUCUAUGAGUGUUCUGAAUGCGGUAAAGUGUUUAUCCAGAAAGCAAACCUUGUAGUACAUCAGAGAACUCACACAGGAGAGAAGCCUUAUGAAUGCUUUGAAUGUGCAAAAGCCUUCAGCCAGAAGUCAACCCUCAUUGCUCACCAGAGAACUCACACAGGGGAGAAGCCCUAUGAAUGCAGUGAAUGUGGGAAAACCUUCAUCCAGAAGUCGACUCUGAUUAAACACAAGCGAACUCACACAGCAGAGAAACCAUUUGUAUGUGGUGAAUGUGCAAAAGCCUUUAAGAGUUCGUAUCACCUUAUUAGACAUGAGAAAACACACAUUAGACAAGCAUUUUAUGAAGGAAUUCGCUGUGGUAAGUCCAGCCUUACGCAUCCAAGGACUCACAAGGGUGAGAAACCUGAGUGCAAUAAACACAGGAAAAUAUUUGACGAGAAAGCCAACCCCAUUAAACACCAGAGGUCUCAUACAAAAGAGAAACCUUAUGAAUGCAGUAAAUGCGGAAAAAGCUUCAGGGGAAAGUCACACCUCUCUGUUCAUCAGCGGAUUCAUACAGGAGAGAAGCCUUACAAAUGCAGCAUAUGCGGGAAGACUUUCAGUGGGAAAUCACACCUCUCUGUCCAUCAUAGAACUCAUACAGGAGAGAAGCCUUAUGAGUGCAGAAGAUGUGGGAAAGCAUUUGGUGAAAAGUCAACCCUCAUUGUACAUCACAGAACUCACACAGGAGAGAAACCCUAUAAAUGCAAUGAGUGUGGGAAAGCCUUCAGCGAGAAGUCACCACUGAUAAAACAUCAGAGAAUUCAUACAGGAGAAAGGCCCUAUGAAUGCAGUAACUGUGGGAAGGCUUUCAGUAGGAAGUCAACUCUCAUUAAACAUCAGAGAAUCCACACAGGGGAAAAACCCUACGAAUGCAGUGAAUGUGGGAAAGCCUUUAGUGUGAAAUCAACUCUCAUUGUACAUCACAGAACUCAUACGGGAGAAAAACCCUAUGAAUGCAGGGACUGUGGAAAAGCCUUCAGUGGGAAGUCAACUCUCAUUAAACAUCAGAGAAGCCACACAGGAGAUAAAACCUAUUAAGACACUUGAGUGUGAAAUAAUGUCACUAUUCGUUAUAUCUCAUUAUGUAUCCGUUCAUCCCGGUCAGUAACCUUACAAAUGUCAAGAAUGUCAGAAACUCUUAAGAUAUUAUUUAAUGUUCCUUUAAUAUAAUAAAUGGUACAAAAGCAUAAUUCCAGGAGCAUGCAGUAAAUGUGAUCAGAUUUUUACCCAGAAUUCUUACCCGUGAGUGGAAAAUUAUGUAUCAGAGAAUUCCAAGGUGGCAAAAUUGUGAGUGUAUUGACAUGAGAUUACCUUGAGAAUUUAAAUGUCAUUGCCUGUCAGGGUAUUUAUGCUGAGGAAGAACUAAGAAUUGAAUGAGUUUAGAAAACCGUGUUAGCAGUUUUGAAAGAAACAUGUUCCAUAAUUUUUAAAAAGGUUUUAUUUAUUUACUUGAGAUAGCAUGAGCAUGAGUGGGGGGAGGGGCAGAGGGACAAGCAGACUCCCUGCCAAGCCUGGACCCAGAGAUCAUGCUCUGAGCCAAAACCAAGCCAGUCACCCAACCAACUGAGCCACCCAGGCACCCCCAUGUUGCAUAUUCUACACCAAACAUUUUGUGGGAAAGGUGCAGAGGUUGCAAACAAGCACUUAAAUAUAAAAAGUGAGGUUCACCGUGGAAUAGAGUAUGACAUUUUUGAAAGAAUAGUACAGAGCAUAAACCAUUAACCCCAGCUGGGGCAAACUUCCCCAUGUUUUUUUUUUUUUUAAAGAUUUUAUUUAUUUGAGAGAUCACAAGUAGGCAUAGAGGCAGGCAGAGAGAGAGGAAGAAGCAGGCUCCCCACUGAGCAGAGAACCCGAUGCGGGGCUCGA